AUCUGCUCUUCUUUUCUUCCCCCUGCACCGAGCAAGGAAGCCAGCCACCGACGCGCCUCUUCCUCUUGAAAAAAUCGAAUCCCAAAUCUGCUCUGCUCUGUCUUCACUUCCGGUUGCUGCUCCUGCUUUGUGGGGUGCGAAUUGCUCGGGUUUUUGAUUGCGUGAAUUCCCCCUGCAGAUCCCGCAGGCCUCUUCCCCCAACUGCAGUCCGGUUUUAGCUGGAAAAUUCUGGAAACGAAGUCAAGGAUGGGGAAAAACAAGGGGAGUGACGAGUUAGAAGGCUAGCCAUCUUGUAAAUUGAACAUAGAUUUGAGAUAUCAAUCAUGAUCUUGUAAACUAGACUUUGUUUGGAGAUUUUAUGAUAUUAGAGUAAAUUUAUAAUUUUAUCUUCAGAUUUUGAUGGUGUCAGAUGUGAAUUGCAUAAGUUCCGAGCCUUGUGCAUUUGUGGGACCCUCUCACGAGUGUACGGCGUUUGUUACGCCUCGGAUUUGGGUUCUGGGGCGUGACAAAUUUAGUGGUAUCAAAGCUUAUGUUGAAAUUAAGAGCUUAGGUUUAAAUUCAGAGUUUAAGAUUAAAUUAAGCACCUCCAGAUUGAGUGAUAUCAGAGUUUAGGUUUAAUUAAAUACCUAGGUUUAAUUGAAUACCUAGGAUUUGUUUUGGACUUGGCUAGCUAAUAGAUUUUAGAAUCGUGGUGAGACGAGUGAUGGGGUUAUAUAAGGGACGAUUCUGAUUCAUGUUGCCUGAAUUUCCUAAUCCAUUUUAAUUAGAUGGUAAUCGAAUUGUUCUUGUUUCCUGCCUUCAUACCCUGUGUAGAUUCAUGAAAUUAAUCUUGUCCUCCAUGUUCUUAAGACCUUGUUUUGAAACUUGGUCAUUUUCUGAUAGUCUGCCCUUGUUUAGACUUGUUACUUGAAUAGAAUUUUUGUAUGCUCUUUUGCCACCAUUGUAAAAUCUGGGGAGUUGUAGAGAUCUUUUGUUAUUGAUCCUGUUGGUCCCUACAGCAUAGUUAGUUGAGAAAUUUGUUCUGUUUGUCAAAUGAUCAGUGGAAGAUGGGCAACCCUCUACUUUGUAAGAGAUUCAAGUCUAAUUCAGCAAAUGUUGUGUGUUUUCUAGAUGCGUUUUAAGACCUGGAUAACUUGGUAAUUUCGUUGCUCAUUAUUUUUCUCAAAGUCUUAUAAGUUUCACUUUUUCCAUUUGGAGCUUCAUAGUCUUUUCAUGUGGCUCAUAUUUUCUAUAUUGGUUAAUCAAAAUAGUGAUCAUUCAAUUGGAAUUGCCUUGUUUUUGUGAAGAUUGGCAAGUUAUCAUAAAGUUAUACUCUCUAUUGUUGCCAAUCUCUACAUUCUUGAUACCUAGAAAUUGCUUAAAACACUUGAAAUCCAUCUUGAAUCUUUCUUGAGAUUGCUUUGUACUUGUUCUUGAAAUUGAAAUCCAAAGGAAAUGGAUAAUGAUUAUUGAAAUCCUCAUUAUCUUGAUACUUGUCUAAAAUUAAUUCUUGCAUUGUUCUUGGAAUCUAUUCUUGAAAAUCAAUUGAUAUUUGGUUU